CUCAGCAAGUUUGAGAACUGAGAACCUAGAAGUAAAGUUUAGUUCUCUCUCAUCAGCCCUGUGCUAAUCUGCAGUCUCAAACACGAGAAAACAAACUGAACUGUGAGAGCUGGAGCGAGGAGAACCAGGAGAAGGAGAGAAUCUAUAAGAAGAUAAUACGGAUAGCGUAUAAGAAUCAGACGGAGAAGAACGGGUUGUGUUUAGAGGAUAUGCUCGGUCUCCUCUCUCUAGAUCAGGAUGGUGGGAGGUUCAGAGCCUAGAGAUAUUCAAUGGUACAGAGGACAACCUUUAUACGCUUACAGCUACAGACACGCCCAUCCUCCUAGGCCUCUACUAGCCACGCCCAUUCAACCUAAACCUGCCACUAUCAGAGGUAGGCAGCGACCAUAUCCCAGGCGCCAGAGCCAGAGGAGGGGGCGGUCCCAAGUUUCCGGUAUGGGUGGGCUUCUCACUAGAGGGAUGAAACAAGUGAAGAGUGAUGGAAAUGGAAAUAUUGAAGAUGAAGAGAAAAUUGAUAAACCGGUUCCAUUCUACCUACCUCUACCCCCACACCUGGACCUUCUGCUUGACCGGCCUGUAGCUAGCCGGCAGGUUCAACUCCAGCACGCCUGGAAUCCUAAUGAUAGAUCUCUAAAUAUUUUCGUCAAGGAGGACGAUGAAUUUACUUUCCACAGGCAUCCUGUUGCUCAAUCUACUGAUAGUAUACGCGGGAAGCAAGGAUAUUCAGCUGGUAUUCAUGUCUGGGAGGUUUGCUGGCCAACUAGACAACGUGGAACACAUGCUGUUAUAGGAGUAGCUACUAGAGAAGCUCCUCUCCAUUCUCCUGCUGGAUACCAAACCCUAGUUGGAAGUAAUAAGAACUCCUGGGGUUGGGAUCUUGGAAGAAACCGAGUGUUUCAUGAUUCUCAACAUUCUCCGUAUCCGUCCUUCCCUGCUCAAUCCUCCUCCCAGGAGAGAACAUUUCCCGUCCCUGACACCUUCUAUAUGAUCCUGGAUAUGGAUCGAGGAACUCUAGGAUUUCUAGUUGAAGGAAGAUUUCUUGGUUCUGCUCACACCGGGCUCAAGGGUAAAAUCCUUUAUCCAGUAGUUUCUGCAGUCUGGGGGCACUGUGAGGUUACACUUAAAUACAGGGUAGGCGGGGAAUCUGGGCCCGCCCCUCUAUCCCACUGGUGCAGGAGAUCAAUAAGAAAAAAUGUGGGCGUGUCCAAAUUAGAAAGGGGCGGAGUAGAUAAACUUGGUCUACCCAAUCCUAUCCGAGAAUUCAUAAUGCAUAGAUAACAUAAAUUCUUCAGUUUUUCUAGUUUCUUUCUCCAGGUUCUAGAUUAAACCUUGUUUUUCCUUCUUUCAUAUUGUUUUCUCCUGGAAUCUUUAAUUUCAACGGACAUAGUUCUUGCAUUCAAAAUCAGGUUCCAACCUUUUCUGUUAGAUUUUUUCCAACUUUACUACGUUCUUCUUUUAACAAAUCUGUUCUAGUCUGCACACAUAGUGCAUCAGUCAGCAACCUAAACUACUCAAGUUAAAUACUCAAUUCUUGUACAACUGAACAACAGACCUAUCGUCUAGCAAUAUUGUUACAAAUUUACAUAAUUACUGACAAUUUACAUAUUUGUAUAUAUUAUAGGAAUAUUGAUCUCUCUACAUCGUUUAAACACAUCCCAUGCAUUUAAUUUAAACAAAUGUAAAAUGUAUAAACUGUCUUUUUACAAGAUAACUUCUUGAAUAAACUUAUCUACUUUUUAA